CUAAUUUUUUAAAUUGCGAUUGAGGAUUUCAAAAUGCACGAAAGUUUAACCUUUUUUUAUCUUCUUUUCUUGAUUGCUUUUCAUUACUUCCCCAUAUACCACACUCUUAGAAAAUCAUUUAUGAACAACAAGUACGACUUAAUCAAUACCACCACAGCGAAUGAAAAAGAUGACAACAGAAGAAAAUCAGUAAGGAAAAGGGACAAAUUUUGGAAGCUUUUAUUCUCGAACCAACAACUGCAACCCUUAAAGAAACAGCAUCAUAAGAAACGUAGCAGCAUGGGCAACAGCAACGGUAGUUUUUUCUUUACAAGCAGAUCCAAUAAUUCAAAAAAUAAUAGCACAAUAAAAAGAACUCAAGAACAACUCAAUAAAAUUAAUACUAUCGCCAAGUAUGCCCAGCACAAUAUAUCCGUCUCUUUAGAUCCCGAAAUAUUUGAAUAUAUUUUGGAAAGUAAUGCUUGGGAUACCAAGAAAUCUUUAGCUGACUUGAUUGACUAUGAGGAAGCAUCACAUGGUAUAUUAGUUGAGCCACCUUUUGCUAGCACUUCUGCAACACCAUCUUCACUGCUUGGUUCGGAAAACGAUGGUGGCACCUCUUGCUAUAUUGACGCUUUACUCUUCGCCAUGUAUAUUUCCAAUACAACUUUCGAUCCUUUGUUAACGUAUGAUAUACCCUCAAAUGUACCUUCCACCCCCGGAAACGUUUCUGACAAUAACAAAAAUUACAAGGGUGAGAAAGAACUUGGUGAUUUUGGAGAAAAGACCGUUACUGAGACUAACGGUAUACAAAACGAGAGUAACAAUGACACUGACGCUGAUGCUGACGACGAAGAAGAUGACUAUGAACUAAAUGAGGAGAGCGAGAAAAAGAUUAAAUUACAGACACUGAUGCGAUUAUUUGUGAACAAGUUAAGAAAAGGCCAUUUCGUCAAUGCAGACUACGUGCAUUGGUUCAGAAAAGUAUUAGAAGAAGCAAAAUGGAACGGAAGAGAUGAAAAUGGACAAUGGACCCAAGAAGAUGCGAGUGAGCUGUUUCUAUUCAUUACUGAAAUUUUUGAUUUACCGUAUUUACCCGUAAGUUCAAUGCAACAGCAAUGAUACAUAAAAAGAAAGUAGAGCUAAGCUUAUAUGCAUCUUUAUAGUUUCAAAUUCGACUAUUUCAUGG